AUGCCAUCGGCAUUGACUUUCGAUCUGCAUAAAAAGUGCUCAACAACCAAAGCGCGCGCUAGCACCCUCCAUCUCCCUCAUGGCUCCGUGCCGCUUCCCAUCUUUAUGCCGGUUGCGACACAGGCGUCCCUCAAGGGACUUACAUAUGACCAGCUGAAGCAGACUGGCUGCAUGCUUUGCUUGAAUAAUACAUACCAUCUGGGCCUGAAACCGGGGCAGGAGGUGCUAGAUAAAGUGGGCGGGGCGCAUAAGCUGCAAGGAUGGGAUCGGAAUAUCCUAACAGAUAGCGGCGGUUUUCAGAUGGUUUCUCUACUGAAGCUCGCAAAGGUCACCGAGGAAGGUGUCCGAUUCCUCAGUCCCCACGAUGGAACCCCGAUGCUACUCACACCAGAGCAUUCGAUUUCUUUGCAGAACUCGAUCGGCUCGGAUAUCAUCAUGCAGCUAGACGACGUCAUUGCAACUACCUCUCCCGAUCAUGCCAGGAUUCACGAGGCUAUGGAACGGUCCGUUCGGUGGUUAGACCGCUGUAUCGAGGCGCACAAGUAUCCCGAGAGACAGAACCUAUUCUGUAUCAUUCAAGGCGGCCUAGACCUGGAGCUACGGAAGCAGUGCUGCGCCGAGAUGGUUGCGCGAGAUACACCGGGUAUUGCCAUUGGAGGUCUAUCAGGUGGUGAGGCAAAGGAGGAGUUUUGUAAAGUUUAUAGGGUGGAUACGUGCACUGGACUCCUUCCAGAGCACAAGCCCAGAUAUGUGAUGGGAGUGGGUUAUCCGGAAGAUCUGGUUGUAGCAGUUGCCCUCGGUGCGGACAUGUUCGAUUGUGUGUGGCCGACGAGAACAGCUCAAACAAGCAUCAUGUCGCCAGCAGCUGUGACGCCGCAAGAUACCCUCAGCCAAUCUGGCACACCGACUCCUCCUCAUAACCCCGCACACGAGGAACAUCAAUACCUCAACCUCAUCCGCACCAUCCUCGCCGAAGGCGAGCAUCGUCCCGACCGCACAGGGACAGGCACUCGCUCGAUCUUCGCACCACCACAGUUGCGCUUUUCGCUCUCCAAGCCUGGCGCUACCCCCUGCUCGGAACCGAUCCCCGUGCUCCCCCUCCUGACCACCAAACGUGUUUUUCUGCGCGCCGUCAUCGCCGAGCUCCUCUGGUUCAUCUCCGGAUGUACCUCCUCCAUCCCCCUCUCGGAAUCAGGCAUCAAAAUCUGGGACGGUAACGGAAGCCGCGAGUUCCUAGACAAAGUCGGGCUCGGCCAUCGCGAGGUGGGCGACCUAGGCCCCGUGUAUGGGUUCCAGUGGCGGCAUUUCGGGGCGGAGUACGUCGACGCCAAGACGGAUUAUACGGGCCAAGGCAUCGACCAGCUGGCGGAGGUCGUGCGCAAGCUGAAGGAAACGCCCUUUGACCGGCGCAUUAUCAUGAGCGCGUGGAACCCGGCGGACCUAAAAAAGAUGGCGCUCCCGCCUUGUCAUAUGUUUGCGCAGUUCUAUGUCUCGUAUCCGAAGGGCCUGGACAAGAAGGGGAGUCUGUCGUGUCUGCUGUAUCAGCGUUCGUGCGAUAUGGGACUUGGGGUGCCGUUCAACAUUGCGUCGUAUGCGCUGUUGACGCAUAUACUGGCCCAUGCGACGGAUCUGAACCCCGGCACCCUGAUUCAUACCAUGGGUGAUGCGCAUGUGUAUCUGGACCAUGUCGACGCGCUGAAUGAGCAGCUCAAGCGGGAGCCGACUGAGUUCCCGGAGCUGUGCAUCAAGCGCGAUGACCGUGGUAGUGGAGUUGUGGAUGGUUGGAAGGAGGAGGAGUUUGAGGUCGUCGGGUACCAGCCUCACAAGGCUAUUAAGAUGAACAUGAGCGUUUGA